AUCUGACAAAGGAUGUGAUAAAAAAAUUCAUCUUAUCUUCUUCGAUCUUCUCCUCGAGCGGGCUGCACGUCAUUCAUUUCACCCAUCACACCUUCCAACUCCUACCGGCCCGCAUUACGAUUCCGUACCUUCAGCCCUAGUUUGAUGCAGGAACGAUAACGCAAAAAAAGAUUGAGCAAAUUUGGCUACUUUGUCGAUAUCAGAUUGACCAAUACGCAAAAAACGCUCAAAUUCAUAUUUUAACCCCUUUUGCUCAAUUUCUGUCUCUUUCUCACCUUCACCUACAUUCUCAUCGCCAUGUCUGCAACAACAGGCAACAAGGUUUUCGCACCUGCUAUCUUCUUCAUCGCUUUUCGUGAAGCAUUGGAAGCAUCUCUCGUCAUUGGUAUCUUGACGGGAACGUUGGAAAACGUCGUUGGUGUCAAGAAUGGCGAUCAAAACGGUCGUGCAUUGGUGAAAAAGUUACGCAAAUAUAUCUUUAUGGGAGCAGGCAUUGGACUGUUAAUAGCAUUUGCCAUCGGUGCUGCUUUUUUGGCAGUGUUUUAUACCCAAACGACUGAUUUGUAUGGCCGAUCAGAAGAAUUAUGGGAAGGCAUCUUUAACUUGAUCGCCGUCCUCCUGAUCACGCCAAUGUCCUUGGCCAUCUUACGUGCCGAUCGUAGCAGACGUAAAUGGCGCAAAAAACUCUCGAAAGCAUUUGACGGAUAUCAACAAGAACGUAGAGAUUUGGCCAAUGCGGGAGAAGAAGCAAAUGAUGUAAUCACCCCUGCCACCGAAGAACCUACGCACGUUUUGAAUGACAGCACCGCAAAUGCACCUCAAACCACAAAGGCCCCUCAAGGUAGAGUUGAAGCUUUAUGGUCUGCUAUCAAACGUCCAUUCAGCGGUGAAGCUCGUGGCGCAACUGCCAUCUUUGUCAUUCCUUUGAUCACCACCCUUCGUGAAGGUUUGGAAGGUGUUGUGUUUAUCGGAGGCGUGUCUCUCGGUCUUCCGGCAACAUCAAUCCCUCUGCCUGCUAUUCUCGGAUUAUUCUGUGGUCUUUUGUGCGGUUUCAUCGUUUUCAAAGCAGGUAGUUUCAACAAGAUUCGAUUCUUCUUGGUCUUUUCCACAUGUUUCUUAUUGGUCAUUGCUGCCGGCAUGUUUAGUCGAUCUGUGUAUUACCUGCAAUUUUACCAAUACGUUCAAUUGGUCGGUGAUGCAGCAGCAGAAAGUGGUUCAGGACCCGGCAGUUACAAUGCAAAUAAUUACGUUUGGCAUUUAGACUGUUGCAAUCCGGAGGAUAAGAAAAAUGGUGGAAGUGGAUGGGCCAUUUUGAAUAGCUUGUUUGGUUGGAACAAUACCGCAACAGUUGGCUCAAUUUUGAGUUAUAUCUUUUACUGGCUCGCCGUCAUUUCUUACUUGGUCUAUUCUCACUUUCAGCAACAACAACGACAAGAGCAAUCAUUGAACAAGAAUGCCGCCCCUUCAGAAGGCUCACAAAUCGAAGAACGUGUUAGCGAGAAAUCUGUUUGAUCGAAACGGCCCACGCUCAGUAAUCGAUGAUGAAAAUGUUGAUGAGGAGCGUGAUGGACGGCUUGGAGGAGGA